UCGGCAGUCUGGUCCAGAUCCUCCGCUCCUCCUCAGCUCAACACACACAUCCAUUGUACACAAACGGGCAGGCGGCUCACGCAUACACACGCACUCACACACAUGCAGACGCAUACACGCGCACAGCAUCGAUCGUGGCUCCUUUAAGAAAGCCUAAGCCAGAAUUAUCACCCCACCUCCUCUUGAUCUCCUCUAGACGCUUUUGCAUAAGAAAAUCAAGCCGGGAGCCGAGAGUGAUCAAAGAAAACGAGGGGAGAGCUGCUUCAUUUUUUAACUGUGAUUGUGACCAUUAACAUUUAGGUGGUGCCGAUCCCGUGGAGACGCACGUCGGACCAUCAUUCAUCCGGUACUUUUGACAAGCCCUCGCGUUUUGACUGACAGGCGGAGUGGCAAAAAGCCAUGAGAGUCGCCAGUUUUGUUUGAGGGGCUUUUUUAUUUUCAUCCUGGUUUUGGAAAAGGAGCCCGGUGCUGCUGCCCCGAGGAUAGCCGAGGACCUAUUUGCCGCGCCUGGGCUAAACUUGCACAGAAAGCGGGAGCUGGCUUCAUCGUUCCGUGGAAAAAAAGAAAAGGCAAACGGGAUUUUGGCUGAAACAUCUUCUCAUUUAUUUGGAUUUUCUUUCUUUAUUUCGUCUCCACCCUGGCCGCAGAGGGGAUUUACCUAAAGUGAAAGGACGAUCAGGGAGUGAGGAGGGUUAUGGCGCAACGGUACGAAGACUUGCCCCACUACGGGAUGGACGGUGUGGGCAUCCCGACCACCAUGUACGGAGACCCGCACGGCGCCCGGUCCAUGCAGGCGGUUCACCUCAACCACGGUCCCCAGAUGCACACUCACCAGUACCCGCACACCGCCCACACCAACACCAUGCCUCCUAGUAUGGGCUCCUCCGUUAACGACGCUCUCAAGAGAGAUAAAGACGCUAUAUACGGGCACCCCCUGUUCCCCUUGCUUGCACUGAUUUUUGAGAAAUGUGAAUUAGCGACUUGCACCCCCAGAGAGCCCGGGGUGGCGGGAGGAGACGUUUGUUCAUCGGAAUCUUUCAAUGAAGACAUAGCAGUGUUUGCAAAACAGAUUCGGGCAGAAAAACCUUUAUUUUCAUCGAAUCCAGAAUUGGAUAAUCUGAUGAUUCAAGCCAUUCAAGUUUUACGAUUUCAUCUUCUGGAGCUGGAGAAGGUGCACGAGCUGUGUGAUAAUUUCUGUCACCGGUACAUCAGCUGCUUGAAAGGCAAGAUGCCCAUCGACUUGGUCAUAGACGACAGGGAGGGCGGUUCCAAAUCAGACAGCGAGGAAAUCACGAGAUCGGUGGCCCUUGAUCAGACGUCCUGGAACAGAGAUCACGAUGACACGGCGUCCACGCGCUCUGGAGGCACGCCGGGACCAUCCAGCGGGGGACACACAUCGCACAGUGGUGACAACAGCAGCGAACAAGGUGAUGGUCUGGACAACAGUGUGGCUUCGCCGAGCACAGGGGAUGACGAUGACCCGGAUAAAGAAAAGAAACACAACAAGAAGAGAGGGAUUUUCCCUAAGGUGGCCACCAACAUCAUGAGAGCAUGGCUCUUCCAGCACCUAACGCAUCCCUACCCAUCGGAAGAACAGAAGAAACAGCUGGCGCAGGACACAGGACUCACGAUCCUACAAGUGAACAACUGGUUCAUUAAUGCGAGGAGGAGAAUAGUGCAGCCCAUGAUCGACCAGUCAAACCGUGCAGUAAGUCAAGGAGCUCCCUACAAUCCAGAUGGCCAGCCGAUGGGGGGUUUCGUCAUGGACGGCCAGCAGCACAUGGGAAUCAGACCACCUGGACCAAUGGGUGGAAUGGGCAUGAACAUGGGCAUGGAAGGUCAGUGGCACUACAUGUAGCCCUACUCCAGUGCGACCAAUCACAACACACAGGGGGAUACGCGCAGGGCAAACCAGGGGAUCUUGUGUCUCACAGAGGCCUAUAGAGCUAUGGAGGGGGACUUCCGGACUUCCUGAUGGGGACAACAAAUGGCAGUCCCUCUGUUCACCUCCAAGAUCCAACACAUUUUAUUUGGCUGGUAUCUGCAGCAUGGGAACUUCCAUGACUGCCAACAAUCCUCGUCUAUAUAUCUAGCAAAGGUGAUACACAGAAAACCAAACUUCACUCCAGUCAGAUGAACCCCUGUCCUGACAGACUCCUGCUUCUUCUCUGGAGGGCACCAGACCUCGCCCACCCUGCUGCUGCCCACCCAGUUAACAUGGAUUCCUCCAUUAAAGUGAUUGUGAUUGCAAACGUACAUGACCCACAAGACAUGCUGGGCUAUUUGCCUGUACCCUUGGUGAAUGUGGCACCUGUUGAUUUAGUCUUGACUCUUUGGCAAACAAAAGAGACUUCCUGUGAGGAGCACUCCACUCUUUGGGACGAUGGAAUUGGACCAAAGAGAAGCCAAUGUCUGUAUCUGAUAAGACACUAACAAAGCAAAAGAGGUGCCCUUUAAAUAAUAUAGUGGAUUGAAACCUGGAAGGAGGGAAAGCAAGAGUAAUGAAAUUAAAAGUAUAACUAUAUCAACCCCUAGUAUGGGAAGCAAGUGGAGAAAGAAAAUAUACUGUAUACUGUUGUAAAAUUACGCUGGACUCUCACAAGAACUGGGAAUUUAAGUAUUGUAAAUGCUAUUGUAUUGUUCUGCAUAUUAUGUUGUUUCUAAUAGAUUUUUUUUAAAAAAGGAUGUGAACUUUUUUCUCUUUUUUUUCUCUUUUUUUCUGUUUCUUUUCCACACUGUGUGUGAGCGCCGUCUCUCCAUCAAAUUUGACCUCCUGUCCCCUCUCCCUACUCAAUCACACUGCAGUUUUAAAAGAAAAAAGUAAAUAAAUGAACAAUUCGAUCAAUCCGUCAUUUCUUGAAGGGCCUUUAUUUGGAUUGCUUGGAGUACAAUACUGACAGAUCUUUUUUCCUCUGCAUAGGACACACAGCCCUUUCAUGGAACACAGCAAAAGCUGGUGCAGCUAAUUGUAUUUAUGUUACAUUGUCUACACCUUGUCACUCCAUAUUUUUUUAAAAUUAAUAUUAUUUUCAUAUCAAUUUAUUAUACCCUCCUCUACUGGUGGACUGUUUCUAUUAGUAUAAAAAAAAUUCUGAUGAUGUUUGGGGUAAUCAAGCUCAUUUAAUAUCCAACCUCAUUGAACUCGAGCUACACAAAAUUUCUAGUAGCCAACAUUUUGGACAAACAAGAUUUUUAAUCUGGUUGCCACUAUGCUGUGUUUUUUUUUUUGUUGUUGUUGGUUUGUUUUAUAAAGAAACAGUGUAAUUGUAAAGAUGGGGAACAGACAUGAUACACAACUCCUGUUUAUGCUCACAAACAAUCUAAAAAAAUCAUUGUGGAUGGGAAACUACAAGUAUGUGUCCCACAAACAUGUUGUUUCCUGUUUUUCUCCAUGUGUGUCUGUGAUUGAGGGCUUCUGGAAGUCUAUUUGCAGUGUUUUAGUGAUGUUUAUGUCACAUGGUUGAACACUCGCAUGGCCAAUGGAUUCUCUUCCCCUUUUCGUUUGAUGCAGCCUGAUAACAGGGAGAGGCAAAGGCUAUGGGGAAACACCAUUUAUGCCACAGUCCAUUCAUUUUGAUUUAACCAGAUGAUGUAAUGCUGAUCAACAGACAGGAGAGAAUGUAAAAGUCACUGUGCGUGUCAGGAUGCAUGUGAGCGGUACCGUGCAUGUAUGAGAAUGAGUGUGUGUGUGUGCUAUCAAUGCUUCCAUUAUCCAUUGCUUCAUACAUGUAUUAUGCACAUCUUUAAGAUUCAUUUGAAGACAUGUUUCGUAUGCUUUUCCUUUGAAGGGUGUAUAUGUACAUCUGUGUUGUAAAUAAAUACUUUUUGUCAAAUAA